AUGCAGCCGUUCAACGUCCCAGUUCAGAUCACACUGCAGGGCAGCCGAAGGCGCCAAGUAAGGUCAGGUUGCUCUACUUCAGAGAGGUGGAAAAAGAAAGACCGUGUCGAUGGAGGUUCCAUCACUGAUGUCCCGAGAAAGCCCCCCUCCAGUGCGGGAGAAGAUCGAGCCAUCCUCCUGGGCUUUGUGAUGAUGGGUUUUUCUGUUCUGAUGUUUUUUUUACUCGGAGUCACUAUUCUAAAACCUUUCAUGCUCAGCACACAGCGAGAAGAGGCAAACUGUACCAUCAUGGACACGCGUUUGAAGGAUGAUUGGCUGGACUGUUCAUUCACCUGCGGGGUGGACUGCCGGGGCCAGGGAAAGUACCCCUGCCUCCAGGUGUCUGUGAACCUCUCCCAUUCUGGCCAGAAGGCUUUUCUGCACUAUAAUGAAGAAGCUGUUCAGAUAAACCCAGAGUGCUUCUACACACCAAAGUGCCAUCGGGAUAGGAACGAUCUACUCAACAGCGCUCUGGACAUCAAGGAAUUCUUUGAUCACAAAAACGGGACCCCUUUCUCCUGCUUCUACAGCCCGGACAGCAAGCCGGAGGACGUGGUCCUGAUAAGGAAGGAUGACCAAAUGGUGGUCUUCCACUGCGUGUUCUGGCCGUCGCUGACGCUGCUGGGCGGCGCGUUGAUCGUGGGCAUGGUAAAGCUGACCCAACACCUGUCGGUGCUGUGCGCCGAGUACACCAGCGUGGCGAGGGAGGACGUGGGCAAGGUCGCUUCCCAGAAAGAACUGCAGCAAUACAGACUGGGGAGAAAGGGCAGAGAGAAAGGAAGGAACCAAGGGCUUUUAAGAUGGCGGCCCAGUUAA